UGGAUAUAGAAGUUUGCCACAACACGCGAUGGGGAGGGGGAGAAGCUGCUGCCGCACCGCUUCAGUGGUGGUUUUAUUCGGAUGACGAAACAAAGUUGUGCUUUUUAAAUACUCCAAGAAAACACGCUAUUAAGAGUUCUUCGGCUUGUUUUAUGUGACGAUGCAGUAUGAACAAACUGCCCUGGAAGAGCUAAAGAGGGAAGGAUAGAGGGAGCACGAGAAAACUGCAGCCGUUCAAUAGCGAGAGCAAUAAUCAGCGACGCACAAGGCAUCAUGUCCUCCUCGAUAAAGCAGGAGAGAACCAUUUGUGUUCUUCUGCCCAACAAAGACCAGCUGGACAUCACUGUGGGGCCAAAGUCUACAGGUCAGGAUGUUUUCAAUCGUGUGGCUGAGCAACUUGGAAUCAAAGAGAUGCACUUUUUUGGCCUUACAGUGGUAAAGGACAAUGAGCACAUAUAUUUAGACAUGGAGGAAAAACUGACAAAGUACUUCCCUAAGGAAUGGAAACAAGAUUCAGUCAAGGGAUUGCAGAAGAGGCCGUUGCCAUGUAUUCUCUUCCUCAAAGUGCAGUUCUACAUAGAGAAUGGUAGACUCAUUGGUGAACGAAAGGCACGGCAGCUUUACUACUCUGACCUGCGUGAGCGCGUUCUUCGCUCUGAAUGCCGUCAGCAGGAGGAGGUGUACUUCCAGCUGGCAGGUUAUGCCUUGCAGGCUGACCUCGGUGACCAGCCGCUGCCCAGGGAGGAUAUGGAGAUCACUCCUUAUUUUGAAUCCAAGGACUAUUUCCCCCCUUGGAUUAUAGCUAAGCGCGGUGUAAACUAUCUCCUCUGCCACGGGCCCAAGGUGCAUCAGGAGCUAUGGGGCAUGUCCAGUCGUGAUGCUACCCUGCUCUUCAUCAGGGAGUCCUGUCGACUGGAGGAUGUGCCUGUGACGUUCUACAGGCUGCAAAAGGACAAAAGGGAGGAGAAAGGAACAGCAUUGCUUGGUCUAACCCUACGUGGAAUGCAGGUUUAUCAGGAGGUGAACAAUAUAAGAGAGCUGCUGUACGAUUUCCCCUGGUCGAAUGUGGGACGUCUCACCUUCUUGGGUAAGAAAUUUGAGAUCCAGCCAGAUGGUUUGCCAUCAGCCAGAAAGCUGGUUUACUACACUGGGUCUUCAUUCCGCUCCCGCCACCUCCUUCUGCACCUCAGCAGUAGCCAUCGCCUCUACCUCAACCUCCAGCCUGCCCUCAAACACCUACGCCACCUAGAGGAGAGUGAAGAAAAAAAGCGUUACAGAGAGUCCUACAUUAGUGAUGAUCUGGACUUGGACCCCCCUGGCAGUGAAAGCAGCCCUGGUCUGUCCCGACACUCUACUAGCAGCUCUGGAAUCGAAGCAGAUGCUCGCCAACACAGCAUCUCCACAGAGAUGGCCUCCAUGGAGGAGGAGGGUCAGCACCAGAUACAGAAGUGUUUCAGCUCGGAUGGAAGCUCCUGCAAUUCUGGACUUGACUCAAGCUGUAAAGCUCAAAUAGAAGAUGAAGGGUGGCAAGAAGAAAUCAAGCCUGAAAGUCCAAAAGAGUUUCUUGUGGAUGAUCCUGAUGAAAUGUUCCAGCUGGCUGAUCUUCUUGAAGGAGUAUCUGUGGAUUGUGCAGAAAUCUCCUCAAAUAUUUGCGCACCAGAUGGGCUGCAUUGCCCAGACAGUGAUGAAGAUCUUGGAAAACCGAGAAACGAGGAUACGUUUAGUGAGUUGCUGAACUCUAGGACACAUGUUUGUGUCGAUCGGCACAGCCACAGUCUAGAUGACGUUCGUCUGUUCCCACCAGCAGUGCCUCUGGGGAGCACACUGCCGUCCGAUUCCUCUCACAGCUACACCUUUGGGCUACCGCAUGCUUCAACACUAUCAAAGACCCCUAUUGAUCACACCUUUUGCCCAGUUGUACACUAUCAGGCCAAACCUACCUUCUAUGGCCGUAGGUCGACAAACUGCCUCUCCCUGGACAUGUUGGGUGAUGAACAGUUGGUAGAAUUUGUGCUUUAAAUAUGUAUAUUGUAUAUACCAAGUGCUGAUGUGUACGAAUACGCUUAAGCUCUUUGUGUUCACUGCAAUCUAAGUCACAGGUUGUCAGCACAUGAAUGUUUUAAUGUUCUUCGUCUGCUAAUGAUGGCAAUGAUGUAUUUUUUUUAAACAUCUGAGAGACAUUCUAACAUGAUGGAAGCCCCCAUUCAUCCAAAUAAGGAUGUUGUCAUUCAACAUUUAAAUUGAUAAACUGCAUGUAGUUGUAGAAUGUGUACCUUGUACUUCAGCUUCUCAGACGAAACGUCUCAUCAAUUGAUCUUUUAAACAUAUUUCUUAAAUGUUUGAAUAGGGUAAUAACUCCAGAGGGCUGAGCUCCUGUGUUUUGUUGUCCUAUUUUUUUUUAUUAUAUUUUAAAAGGAGCUGUUUUUGUAAAGUGUGUUCUGUCAUACUGUACUUUGUUACAGCAGUGUAGCUGCCAAUAUUUCAGCUCUUCAUGUAUUCAUCCAAAGUUAUGCUCUCCUGCUUUUGUAAAUACAACAGAAAAGUAUUAUUUGUAAAGCACCAUUUGUGUAACCAGUCUGUAUAAUGAAUGUUUUUUUUUUUGUUUUUUGUAAUAUAUAAAGCUCAAACAAACCCA